GCGGCGGACGCCUUAAGCGCGCGCGGGCGGCGGCGGCGGCGGCAGGAGGCGGGGAGCGCGUCGUCCGGUUCGCCCGUCGGGUCACCGCGCCGCCCGCCCGCCCGGCCGGCGGGGGCGAGGAUGGACGUUCCCUUCUACCACGACGAGGCGUUGACGGCCCUGGCGCCCCCCAGCCCCGGCCGGCUGCGGCCCUUCCCCGCGGGCGCCAUGUUGAAGAAGGACGCGCGGGCGCCGGGCGAGCUGAAGGCGCCCGACGGCGGCCAGGCGCUGCUGGCCGCCUCGGCCGCCGCCUCCGAGCUGGGCCUGCUGAAGCUGGCCUCGCCCGAGCUGGAGCGGCUGAUCAUCCAGUCCAACGGGCUCGUGACCACCACGCCGACCAGCGGCGCGGGCGGCUUCCCGUUCGCCAAGGGCGCCGACGAGCAGGAGUUCGCCGCCGGCUUCGUGAAGGCGCUGGAGGACCUGCACCGGCAGCCCCCGGACCUGCCCUCGCCCGCCGGCCCGGGCCCGGAGCCGCCCAUCUACGCCAACCUGAGCCCCUUCGGCUACGGCCCCGCCGACGGCGGCCCCGCGCCCUACCCGGCCAAGGACGAGCCGCAGACGGUGCCGGAGGCGGGCGGCUUGGGCGACAGCCCGCCGCUGUCGCCCAUCGACAUGGACACGCAGGAGCGCAUCAAGGCGGAGCGCAAGCGGCUGCGCAACCGCAUCGCGGCCUCCAAGUGCCGGCGGCGCAAGCUGGAGCGCAUCUCCCGCCUGGAGGAGAAGGUCAAGAGCCUCAAGAGCCAGAACACCGAGCUCGCCUCCACCGCCUCCCUGCUGCGCGAGCAGGUGGCCCAGCUCAAGCAGAAGGUGCUCAGCCACGUCAACAGCGGCUGCCAGCUCCUGCCCCAGCCGCGCCAGGUGCCCGCCUGCUGAGCCCGGCGGCCCCGCACCGACACGGACACGGACAGACGGGGCGGGCGGAGGGGGACGCCCCCAAGGCGCCUGCGCCGACCUCUCUCUCUCUCUCUCUCUUUCCCCCCCCCCCCCCACUCCGGGCGGGGGGGGAGAGACUUGGCGUGCGGACCCCGCCCAGACUGCACCCCUUUCCCCCCCCCUCUUUCCGGCCGAACCGUAUUUAUGUUAAUAUUCGCGCCUCCCCCCCCCCUCUUUUUUUUUUCUCGUUUCGUUGGCCUUGUAUGCACCACAUUCCAUAAAAAAAACUUCUCGCAGGA